AUGUUGCGUCGGCUCAAUCCCUGCGUGAGUUCCCGUAGCCUCAGCAUGGCAACGGGCUUGAGCAUCUUUAUUGCGGGAAGGUGGCUUCAGCAGCCACAGACACGCAGUUGCCCUGCUUUGAAGGAGAACUCGCUGAUGGCUCCGCCAACUCUCCGCCUGUCACGGCGCGGCUUCUCCCUGCAGCCACUGCAGCGCAUGCGUGGGGUAAAAAUGGUGAAGCCGGUAACCUCCCCGAUGAGCUACGGCGGGGAGAACUUUGGGGGUGGCAGCACUGCCGAUAGCCUGACGCCGUACGUCCGCCAGCACCUUUCGAAAGUGUAUGGACUUCUUGCCGCCGGUUCAGCCGUGGCUGGUGUUGGUUCCUUCUUGAUGUUUGCCACGGCCUUAGGAAAGUCCAUGCCGUUUUGGCUGCCUAUGGUGGGUGGAUUUGUGCCGCUUUUGUGGCUCUCCUUUGCCCCACCGCGAGACCCGACGUUGAAGCUAGCCCUCUUUUUUUCAUUUACUCUUCUUGAGGGCAUGGCACUGGCUCCGUUGGUAGCGAUGACGCUGGCUAAAGGUGUUCUUGGCACCGCCGUUGUUCUCACAGGGGCGGUGUUUUUCGGUUUCAGUGCUGCCGCCCUCUUAUGCCCCCGGGCCUCUCUGCUGGCGCUUCAAGGUCCACUCUUCGGGAUGCUAAUGGGCAUGGUGGCAAUUUCGAUUUUGAACCUUUUCUACCCAACUGCCUUCGCCCACUCACUCAUCCUGUACGGCGGCCUUGCGCUCUUCUCGCUUUUUGUGUCGGUGGAUACGCAGGCCAUGAUUGAACGAGCCCGCUGCGGCGCUGGCGAUUACGUGCAGGAUGCUCUGCAAAUGUUCCUGAACGUCGUCAACAUCUUUGUGCGCAUUGCCCAAAUACUUGGCUCCAUGGAGCGGUAA